UCCGAGGCCAUGUUCCCCACCUACGUCAUGGGGAGCUCGCGGGCGCGGGCCGUGCUCCUCGACCCCUCCGCCACCGGGGACCCCAUAUGGGAGGCCGUCAAGGCCGAGGCCAGGUCCGAGGCAGAGAAGGAGCCUAUUUUAAGUAGCUUCUUAUAUGCGAGCGUAUUAUCUCACGACUGUCUGGAGCGGGCGUUGAGCUUCGUCCUUGCAAACAGGCUUGAAGAUCCAACCUUACUUGCGACUCAGCUAAUCGACAUUUUCAAUGACGUCAUGAUGAAUGACGUAGAUAUACGCCGUUCCAUUCGCCUUGAUGCUCAGGCCUUCAAAGGAAGAGAUCCUUCCUGUGCACAAUAUAGCUGGGCCCUAUUAUACCUAAAGGGUUACCAUUCCUUGCAGUCCUAUAGGAUAGCUCAUGUUUUAUGGAAUCAAGGGCGUAAGGUUCUGGCGUUGGCGCUGCAAAGCCGUAUCAGUGAGGUUUUUGCAGUGGAUAUACACCCAGCUGCCAAAAUUGGAGAAGGAAUAUUGUUGGAUCAUGGAACAGGUCUAGUCAUUGGUGAAACUGCUGUUGUUGGCAACUGGGUUUCAUUAAUGCAGGGUGUUACACUUGGAGGUACUGGAAAGGAACACGGAGAUAGGCACCCCAAGAUCGGUCAGGGAGCUCUUCUUGGAGCUGGUGCUACUAUCCUUGGCAACAUAACUGUAGGCGAAGGUGCCAUGAUUGCCGCUGGUUCCCUUGUUUUAAAGCAUGUACCGCCUCACAGCAUGGCGGUAGGAAAUCCUGCGAAGGUAGUUGGCUAUACAGAGAAAGAAGACCCUUCGUUAACUAUGAAGCAUGAUGCAAGGAGAGAUUAUUUCGAGCAUGUUGCCGGUAGUUUUCCAGACGGUAGAUCCAAUGGGAGUGUCGUGAAGUAAAAAACUUGCAAGGAUGAAUGGAAUUUUGGACAUUUCUACAUCCUGGAGGACAUAGGGCGCUGGAUAUUUGGCGACGCAUGAGUGGUGCUUCCCCCUGCCCAGCAACCCUCUUGUGAGACCAUGCAGGCGAGCCCGCCAAGGGUCUCCGAAAGCUCCCCAGAUGUAUUUAUCAUGUGCCCUUACUGAUGCAAUAAUGUGAAGAUGUUUUCUGUAAAAACUGGAAGGAAUGGUACAGAUAUAAUCUGUAGAGAUCUCCAGCAGCAAGCUGUAGAUACCUCAGAUCAGUGCGUGUGGCCUCAACUAUGUGAGCCAGCUACACUUUUCUGGAUCAGCAUCAAAAGAAAGUAGUUAUGCGUGGCCUGGUCA